AUGGGUACCACGUCUCUUUGGCUCAUCAUUGGUUUGAUGAUGAGCCGGUCCGUUAGCGCUUUAAGCAAUAUUGGAUAUUUUGAUUUCCCUACUGGUGCUGGAGAAUGCACAGGCAACGAGGAUGUUCUGGCAGAUUUUAUGGCGGAUGCCAAAGAUUUGUAUGAUGGUAUGGUGGCGGCAAUGGACCUUGUCUCGGAUGCCGCUUUCAGUACCGAGGAGGAAUAUGCUGAUUACUAUGUGGCUCGCCAACUCCUUUUGGGUUGGUUCGGAAUUACCUUUGAUGAUCAUAGCAAUGUCGUCGACAAUGCUGAAUCCUGGGAAAUUCUCCAAGAUGGAGACGGAGAUUUGACCGCUCCGACUUACCCCGCCAACUUAUUUUGUGAGGGCUCAAUGGGGAACUUUUUCGAUUGGAGUGCAGUCGCAUUAGACGUCGACGAAAAUAACAUCAUGGUUGAAGACCAAGGAGUAUCAAUUGAGACUCUGUACCCCACGAUCUACGCUCAGCGCAAUUCAGCGUCAAGCUCUUUUGGAACAAUCAAGCCUUAUUAUCUAUCAAGCAUGAACAGAUACAUCUUCAUGGGCAAUCAGAUCGAUCAGGACAUUUGCGCUACCACAUUGAAUGGGGGUGAAAUGUAUGGGCUUACCAUGCCUGGAUAUGUUGCUUCGGAAACUACGACAACAGUGACAGACGCAGCCGAGGGUCCCGUGGAGGUUGAACUGACGUAUGACGUUAUGGCAGACACUGUCUUGAUCUGUCCCAACAUUUUGACUGGAACCGUGUUCCAAUAUCUCACUCUAGCAGACAUGACCGCCGGAACUGCCAUUGAACCUGGUUCAGGAACAGGAUUGAAUACAAUCGUGACCAGCUCCUCCACCAUGUUUCAUGAAUUGAUUCAUCUUACUACUACCUGGACGUCCGACGACUCGAUCAAUCCUCAUGUCGUGGUUGAUUAUACAUACGACGUUGGCGAGGCCGUGCAACUAGCGGAGGGAAUCCUUGAAAUCCCCAAUGAUCCAGAUGAGGUGUAUGAUGCCGUGUACGCUGCUCUGAAUGCCCAAAACUAUGUAUUUUUCGCUACCGCAUGGUACAACUGGAAGAAUAACCCAGUCUCAUCGGAUGACGAAUUGUCAGCUGCUGUGUUUUUCGCCGGUCUUCCGGAGGUCUGGUACUGGCCUAUAGCCAGCGAAAAGAAAGCUUUUAAGGAUGCUGGGUUUUGA